AUGAAAAUCUUAUUCUUUCUGAUGCUCCUUCUAUUAGGCCGUUCAUUAAAUGAGAAAUAUGAAUGCUCAUGUGAUUAGAUAUUAACAGAAGCUGAUUGUUUAAUGAGUCAUAAAUACUGCAAUUGGAACUCUUUUAAGUAGAAAUGCCAAUAAGAUGCUUUAAUUGUUCCAUCACAAUUGAUGAUAAGGGAAUAUUGUGAGCAAUUCUCUUAGAGUGCUUGUAAUAAACUUAAACCUUGCGAAACUUGUGUUUCUAACGGACCUUGCUAAUGGUAUUAAGGAAUUUGUUCUCACUUCACUGGGUGCACAGCAUUUGCUGAAACAGAUAGCUUCAAAUGUCAAUAAAUAUCUAAUAGAUGUAUAACAGAUGGAGUUUAUUGUGUGGAAAUAGGUGUUUGUGAUUCUUACAAAACAGAAACAGCUUGUAAAUAAGAUAUGAAUUACAAGUGGUGCUUUUGGGACAAUAAUUUAAAUAAAUGUAGAUAUCCAUAGAUAUGUUAAGAAUUACCAAAAACAUUUACAUUCGAUUCAUAAUGUAGGUCUUAGAUAUCUACUUGUACAACAAAUCAUUAAGGAGGUUGUAUGAAUGAACCUAUAAUUGUAGAAUUAGAACCAGGGACUGUUCAAGUCACUAGUUAAAUUUAUAAAAGUCAGUGUAAAGACUUUACUCUACAGUCUGAAUGUGUUAAGAAUUCAGACUAAAAUCUAUGUUAUUGGAAUGAAAUAUAAUGUGUGGAUAAAAUAUGCUCUAAUGCACCAAAAAUAUUAAUAACUAAUAGUUCAUGUUAAUCAUUUUUAAGUUAUUGUAUCACAAUGAAUGGAGGAGGAUGUAUGAACAAUGGAAAAUGCUAGGUUGCCAAUACUUUAGCGGCAUGUGAUAAAGAUAUUUUUGGAAUCGAUUGUUUUUGGACUGAUGAAAGUGGAUGCAUUUAUAAAAGUUGUGAUCUUGCUCCCACUACAUUAAUUUCAAACUACGAUUGUGAUUUGUUUCUAAAAGAUAAAUGUGUUAUAAAGGAGGGAGGUGGUUGUAGAAAUAAAGAAUGCGAAGAUCUUUUUGGAAGCUCACACAUUAGCUGUUGGACCCAAAAAAGUGGUUGUACGGUAGGACUCAAUUCAAGAUGUGGCAAACCUAAGAACUGUGAAGAUACAACAUUAAAAGAAGCUUGCAUUGAAGGUCUAAACGGUCCAUGUUUAUGGAUUAUUAAUUAAUUCUCUAAUGAAUAACCUUAGGGAAAGUGUUAUAGUUACAAUUCUUGUUAGAGUAUCUAAUGGAAUACAGAUUAAUAAUGUAAGUAGAUUUCUCCUUUUUGCACUACUGAUGGUAUCAAAUGCAUUCCAAUCACUUUAUGCUCAGAAACUAAUACAAAUGGAGGUUGCGUGACUGGAAAUGAUGGAUAUUGUAUAUAAACGGUAACCGCAAUUAAUGAUAAUAAAUUGAUUUGUAAGCGUUUUGACUCUUGCUCUUCAGCAAAUUACUUAAUACAUGAGUGGUGUUAACAUGCUAAUUAGAUGUGCACAUCUAAUGGUGUUACAGGAUGCAUUCCAUUAGCAGACUGCGCUGCAUAUCAAACUAAAGAGUCAUGCAAAGUGAAUAGUUAUAAAAACCCUUGUUUUUGGAUUGAAGCUGAAUAAAUUUGUAGGGAUAAGAGUUGUUCAGAUUUUAGUUAUAAAACUCGGUUUUAAUGUAACGAAAUUGGCAGUGAUUUAAAGAAAAGAUGUACCUUUGAUGGUGUGUAAUGUAUAGAUAUAUCUACCUGCGGCAAUUACAAAUCAAAAUCAGUAUGUAAUAACGCAAAAUCAGAAGAAGGUAGUUGCAUAUGGUCAGAGCUUGAACAGGCUUGCAAUGUUAGAUUCUGUUAAGAUAUUUCAGCUCCAAGUCUUUAUAAUUGCAGUUUUGAACUAGCAAAUUGUACAUUUGAUGGUACUAAAUGUAUCGAGUGGGAAGUAUGCACUAAUUACUAUACAAAGACUGCUUGCAAUACAAUGGGUUUGGAUGGAAUCUGUUAUUGGUCUAAGAGUGGAAGUUGUUAGCUGAUGACAUCAUGUAAAUCUGCUAGUGAUGAUGAAUAAGCUUGUGCAUUAGCGAAUUAAAAUUGUUUUUGGAAUUCAAUGGGCGUAUGUUAAGAUCACUACUGUGAAUCUUUUUAAAAAUCCCAUGGAACAUGUAUCAAUUUCAACAGUUGGGACAAUUAAUCCUAAAUCUUUUGUUAAGAAUAAUAAGGAGCCUGUAGAAAAGUUGAUCCAAACACUUUGAAUUAAAAUGAUUGUUAUAAAGUUACAAAUUAUUUGUACACUUGGAAUCCAAAUUCUUCUAAAUGCACAAUUUGCAAUCCCCAAAUUAAGCCAAAUAUUAAUAAUAAUAAUAAUACAAAUACUAGCUCGAACAAUAAUAGUAAUAAUACUAAUAGUACCAAUAAUAAUAAUAAUACUCAUAGUUCUAAUAAUAAUAAUACUAAUAACAACAACUGCACAGAUAACUCAGAUACAGAUACGAAUCAAAAAAGUACAAAAUCCUCCUUUUUUCUAACAUAUUUUGUGCUAUUUAUUCUAACAGUUUAAAUAUGA